UUAUUAACACGGACUAAAAAUUUCCUUCCUCACGUUGCGGAACUCAAUGCAUCAAUGUUAACUAAAGAGAUCUGAUGCCUAUAUGGCCUCCCAAUAUCAGACCGCCAACACUUGUCAAGAGGAAAAAGACCAUAGACUAGCUAUACUUAUACAACAACAGGAAACUUUAGCAGCACAACAACUUGGGAAAAAAUCUGGGAGUCAUUACAUACAAAAUAAUGGUGGAAACAUUGAAGAAGCCAUCAGGAAAGGCCUUCUAAUUGGCUAUUCCAGCCACCUGAAAGAGAGAACUGCUGAAAUUAAGGAAUCAGGAGAUUUAGAUACUGAUGGGCCUGCCAAAGGUAAAAGGUCAUCUUCACUACUGACAUUACCUUUAUCUGGAACAAACUCAUCACCUCAGGUUAAAGGUCAAUCUUUUUCCUUGAUGUCAUCUAGAAGAGCAAGACGUUUUGAAGUGCCAGAUACUAUUCCUAUGAAUGGCACUGAUAAUCAAUUUUAUAAUCCAGACAAUGAAAGUGAUGACGAUAGACAACACAAUGAAUAUACAAUACCAAUAUCUUCAGAUUUCAGUGAAAAUGAAGAAACAUCAGUUAGUGAUGAAGAAAUAUAUGAACCUCAAGGAGCUUCAAAUGAACGAAGAAGGAGUUUAGGAAAUAACGAAGAAGAUGAAAUUUCAAGAGAAAUUGCAGAGUUAUUGAAAAUAGGCGCUGCAAGUAAAUCAGAAGCUGAAUCAAUGCAGGAAAAUCAUAAACACAAGUUUAGAUUGAAUAAUAUGACAAAAUGGCAGAGGAAUAAUGAGGACCAGGGACUACAGCCAUUUGUCUUUGAUACCGAUGGAAUUCCUAUCAAUUGGACUGAGAAAGAGAAAUCGACCAAUCAUAGACCAGGUCACUCCAUGGAUGUACAACUUAUUGAGUUGCAUCCGGGACAAAUGGAAUAUGAUAAAAUUCUUGAUGAGUUCACAGAUACAGGAAUACAGAUUACUAGAAUAGAACGAAUUCAAAACCUGUAUUUGUUAGAUAGAUUUAAGUCAGAGAUGGAGGAUACAGCGAGACGUAGACAUCCAGGGUUUGAUUUAAACAUACGCUACCUCUACCAUGGAACCAAGGCUGAUAAAAGUCGAAUCUGUGAGGAGGGAUUGGACCAGAGACUCAGUCGCAUGGGCUAUUUCGGCAAAGGUAUUUAUUUCAGUGAUAACCCGUUAAAAUGUGUAUAUUAUACUGAGGACAUGGACAGCCUGGGCGACGCCUACAUCCUCAAGUGUCGUGUCAUACUGGGAGAUUCCAAGUGUUUCCCUGAAGGCCAGUAUGACAUAGCCCUGAAACGAGAACCUGAGAAGGAGAAUGUACGACCUGGGACUUGGAGGUUUUACGACUCAGUAGUGGGUUGUCCACGGGACUACAACGAGUUUGUUGUGUAUGAGAACAGACGAGCAAUGAUUGAGUACAUCAUCUCGUUCAAAAUUAGACCAGAGGUAGCAGCUGCCAUGUCAAACACCACCUCAGCCUCUGUAGCUGAACGAACAGGAGGUGAAGGAGAACCUUUUGAUGACAACCAUCUUGAUCGGAUAAGACAGGUCCGAGAAUCAGUUCGCAAAAAGCGAUGUCAGGACAGAGGGAUUGCGUACACAGAACCAAACCAGCAAAAAAAGCAACAAGAUGACCAGAUGUGGAACAAAUUACAAAUGUUACAUGGGGUCAAGCCAACAGAGGUCAACCUAGAAAAGAAAAUACCUGGAGCAUCAGAACCAAGCGAGGAGUUAGAUUAUAUAAAGAUAUACAAUACGCUGGAACCAGUAACCAUGGAAAAUUUGCAGGACAUACCUUCACACAGAGGAGAUGCUGUGCAGGGAGGUAACUACUACCAGGAUCCUGAUCCAGUAGAGCAGGUUAUGAGUGAACUUUUACAGGAAUUUCUUGGAGUAACAGACACAGAAGAUGUAGAUGUGGCCAAAUACUACAUUACAUUGAAUCAGAUGAAUGUCAACAAUGCGAUAAUGAACUACUAUAAUGACUUGCCUUAAAUAAACAUUUAUCACAACCUUUCAGCUUUCAGUUCACCAUCAUCAGGUUUCGGCUUUCAGUUCACCAUCAUCAGGCCCCAGUUUUUAGCUCACCAUCAUCAGGCCCCAGUUUUCAGCUCACCAUCAUCAGGCCCCAGUUUUCAGUUCACCAUCAUCAGGAUCCAGUUUUCAGUUCACCAUCAUCAGGCCCCAGUUUUUAGCUCACCAUCAUCAGGCCCCAGUUUUUAGCUCACCAUCAUCAGGAUCCAGUUUUCAGUUCACCAUCAUCAAGCCCCAGUUUUUAGCUCACCAUCAUCAGGCCCCAGUUUUCAGCUCACCAUCAUCAGGCUCCAGUUUUUAGCUCACCAUCAUCAGGCUCCAGUUUUCAGCUCACCAUCAUCAGGCUCCAGUUUUUAGCUCACCAUCAUCAGGAUCCAAUUUUCAGCUCACCAUCAUCAGGCUCCAGUUUUCAGCUCACCAUCAUCAGGCUCCAGUUUUUAGCUCACCAUCAUCAGGCCCCAGUUUUUAGCUCACCAUCAUCAGGCUCCAGUUUUCAGCCCACCAUCAUCAGGCUCCAGUUUUCAGCUCACCAUCAUCAGGCUCCAGUUUUUAGCUCACCAUCAUCAGGAUCCAGUUUUCAGCUCACCAUCAUCAGGCUCCAGUUUUCAGCUACUGGUGAUUUUUAGUUUGAAGCUAGAGAAUAGAUCGGUCAGUUUGGAGCUGGGGAACUGUAUGGUCAGUGUGGAGCUGGAGAAAGGGCUGGUCAGUGUGUAGCUAGAGAAUGAGCUGGUCAUUGUGUAGCUAGAGAAUGAGCUGGUCAGUGUGUAGCUAGAGAAUGAGCUGGUCAGUGUGUAGCUAGAGAAUGAGCUGGUCAGUGUGUAGCUAGAGAAUGUGCUGGUCAGUGUGAAGCUAGAGAAUGAGCUGGUCAGUGUGGAGCUGGAGAAAGGGCUGGUCAGUGUGUAGCUAGAAAAUGAGCUGGUCAGUGUGUAUCUAGAGAAUGAGCUGGUCAGUGUGAAGCUAGAAAUGAGCUGGUCAGUGUGUAGCUAGAGAAUGACCUGGUCAGUGUGGAGUUGGAGAAUGGGUUGGUAGGUGUGGAUCUGGAUUAUGGGCUAGUCAGUGUUGAAUUACAGAAAAUGAUAGUCAGUGCAAUGAGGAUGGAGAAUGAGAUGGUCAUCAUUGGGUUCAAACUACCAAUGUGUUUCAUCUGUGUCUGUUCCUCACCUUCUGUCUGUCUACAUCUGCUUUAUUGCUUUUUGACCCUCUUGGACUGCCAUCUGUGGCUGUCUGACCUUUUGUGGCUGUCCGCUCCUCUGUGGCUGUCUGUCCUUUUGUGGCUGUCUGUCCCUCUGUGGCUGUCUGUCCUUUUGUGGCUGUCUGUCCUUUUGUGGCUGUCUGUCCCUCUGUGGCUGUCUGUCCUUUUGUGGCUGUCUGUCCCUCUGUGGCUGUCUGUCCUUUUGUGGCUGUCUGUCCCUCUGUGGCUGUCUGACCUUUUGUGGCUGUCCGCUCCUCUGUGGCUGUCUGUCCUUUUGUGGCUGUCUGUCCUUUUGUGGCUGUCUGUCUCUCUGUGGCUGCCUGUUCCUCUGUGGCUGUCUGUCCUUUUGUGGCUGUCUGUCCCUCUGUGGCUGUCUGUCCUUUUGUGGCUGUCUGUCCUUUUGUGGCUGUCUGUCCCUCUGUGGCUGCCUGUUCCUCUGUGGCUGCCUGUCCUUUUGUGGCUGUCUGUCCCUCUGUGGCUGUCUGUCCUUUUGUGGCUGUCUGUCCUUUUGUGGCUGUCUGUCCCUCUGUGGCUGUCUGUCCCUCUGUGACUGUCUGUCCCUCUGUGGCUGUCUGUCCUUUUGUGGCUGUCUGUCCCUCUGUGGCUGUCUGUCCUUUUGUGGCUGUCUGUCCCUCUGUGGCUGUCUGUCCUUUUGUGGCUGCCUGUCCUUUUG